AUGGCAUUAGGCGUCGUCGGGAUCCAAAUUUCGAUCUCGGUUAUGAAGCAAUACUAUGUCUUGGGGCUUCCAGGAGCGGAGGACGUACGUCUUGUGUCGCAAGACCUUGCCACGGAUGGCAUGAUCAAGAUCCUGCUCUUCUUCGUAGGGCUUCUGUUAUGUCUACCUUUCCAAUCAGUGGGAGGAUCAUGGUUGUGGGGCAAUUUGCUCCUGACCACCGCUACCUGGACCUGGCGACUCGCCAGGGUCUUUGAAAAGAAGGGCUUGGACGAGAUUACCCCUCAUGUCAACGCAUUAAUUGUAGACAUUUUCUAUUCGAGAAUGCCAACUAUUUUUCUCUUGGCCAUGUUUACCUUCUUCUUGCGACCAAGUCGAUGA